CUCAGCCGCAUCCAACUUCUCUCAAAACGCCUCUGCUAAACAUUUCAACGAUGUCCUCCCAUUACAGGCUCACUGUCUUCAUCUCCGAAGAUGCUUUCCCCGCACUCAAGAAGGCUGGAUACAGACUUUGCAUCGCAAAAGAAGUUAAUGGCAAAUACGAUGUCGCCUUCCAAACUGUAAAGGAAAUCGUGUACCAGAACGACUUUGAGUUCGAGGAGCGCUUUCGAAUCUUCGGGACAAAGCAGUUUGAAGUUGGUGAAACCGCACAGCCCUUCACCAGAAGAGUGCCCAUUUUGUCAGGCCGGGAAGUUACCUUGGACGUUGACGGCGCUUUCAGCGAUGUGUCUGGGCCUGUAGAUCCGUCAAAGCCAUUCACGGUCCACAACCAGAUUCUAUACGGUAUCGGACACCUCGUACAGGACACCUCAAGGUUUAAUCGACUCUUUGACAAGUAG